AACUUUUCUCCUCAUUUGGUGUGGUGACAGUUGGCUAGUAGGCAGGUUUUGGCGCGGGCUUGUAGCCUCAGUCAGUAGCUAACAACAUUAGCAGCAUAGUGUUCCUCUCUUCUAGCUACAGGCGGCUACUCCUGAAGCUUACCGACUUCAUGUGUUUCAAGCCUCUCUCGUUCCAUGGACUCUGGUGCCACGAGCUUGAUCCAAUGGAAGACGGCCUUUUUGACAUGCCUCACUACGACCACACAGAGGAUGAACCUUUCCCACCUCUCCCACCACCCCACUCCCCAGGCCAGGGAGCAGGAGAGGAAGCCGACCCUUUUGAAAACGGUGACGGAGAGGGCGAAGUGUCCAAACUGGCCGAGGUUCCUGCUGCCAAAAGGACGGCAGUCAAGAGACCACAGCCCAAGCUGGAUUCCCAGAGGCUGACAUCAGACAGAGGACUUCCAGCUCUGCGCACGCUGUUCGAUAAUGUGCAUUUCAAAGGCAAGGGCCAUGAGGCAGAGGACCUGCGGCUGCUCAUGCAGAAGAUGGAGAACUGGGCCCACAGGCUGUACCCCAAACUGCAGUUUGAGGACUUCAUUGACAAAGUGGAGAAGCUCGGCAGCAAAAAAGAAGUUCAGACUUGUCUCAAGCGAAUACGACUGGACAUGCCGCUGACACAUGACGAUUUCAUCAGUAGAGAUGAUGAGGAGGCAGCAGCCCCUGCACCACAGGUCUUCCAAGACCCAGACCCAUUUGGUGGAGGGGGCUUCCCUGAUCACCUGCAAGGUCCUGUCCACUCCACCCCGGCCCCCGCUGCCCCAGCCCUGACUGAGGAGCAACGCAAACGCAUGGAGCUGAACAGACAGCUGGCCCUGGAGAAGAGACUGGCCCGCAAGCAGCAGCAGCAGCAGCAGCACACAGAUGUAUCAGACUCCCAGCCUUUGUCCUCAUCAGCAGACCAAGCCUCGGCCAGCUCCCUGUCACUGUCCCAGUCCCAACCACACCAUGCGCACGAGGAUUCAGACCCGGAGCGAAGCAGCAGGUCACAACAGCCCAGUCAAGCUCCAGUCAAAGACUCGGAGCUUUCCUCGGACUUGCUGCAGAGCGCUGAAGAGGAGAGCAGCCUCAGCGUGGCCCCUGCACUCCACAGUGGCUGCCAGGAGGGCACUGGAGCCGUCUGAGUUCAGGACCACCAACUGAGCCCAUAAGGCUUUCUGUAAUGAACUGGACUUGACAUGUGGACUGCUCUCUUCAAAGAGCCAAACCAGCCUCAAAAGUUUAAAUACACAUUUUCUGUUAUCCUCCUGCCUUGGCGGCUAGACUGGUGCAGAUUUCCUUGUAGCUGGAGAAAUGUUCUGACCUGUCAUGCUUGACUUACUUCACCACAGGCUAAUUUUAUGUCACACAAUCAGGAACGCUGUGACAUUCAGGGUCUUUGUCGUAGUGUGCUGAAAAUUCCCAGUUUGUCUGUGGGACCAAAUUGACCACUUAUCCCUGAAGGAAGGGGCAGGUGCUAAAAAUGGGGAAAGCUUUUUGGAGCUGUGUGACAGAUUUCCAGAAUUAGGCCUAGAUAGCACCUGUAUUGUGUAGACAUCUUUUCUCGUUCACAUAUUCUGUCAAUAUCAGAAGUUUGGACAGGUUGUUUCCUUAAGGGUAUGCUCCUUGUAACACGGAUGCCCAAAUGAAUACUGAAAAGACUCCAGCUGCCUUUGGGAUAUCAAUGUACAUUAUCAUUGAUUGGCUGAAUUUGAGGCUAGCCAGAGUUGUACUGCAACACAUGCGCUGUAAUUAGACUACACCAAAUGAGAUUUUUCCACCAUUCAGGCACAUCAAAAUGCAGUGGUAGUGCAAACACUGCUGCAAUGUCACAUGCUUGCCAUUUAAAAGGCUAAAACAGGAAAAUAUACAUUCCCUCCAAGUUAAACCUUCUAUACAGUUUGGAGACUUGAUCAGGGAUUGUGAGCAAGUUUUUUUUUGCCCUCUAGGGAAGUUUGAGAAUGUAAAUGUGUUGUGAAAAAAGAAGAGAGUUUUAAAAGGAGAUCUGUAAUUAAUGCAGAUGGUCAGGAAAAGUCAAGCUAAGAGGGGCAGACAAUGGCCAAAUUUCCAGCAAUUUACUACAAGGGAAGUCAAUGAGGAGAGACACAAUGUACCAUGUAAUUCUCCAGUUGACUUCCUGUUAGCUGACCUUGUUCUAAUCACUGGGUCCCAGUGCCUUUGGAUCCAGGGUUUUUCUUACUGUUGAGCCACUACUUGAAACUUUUUAUCUUCAAGAAAGCACUGCCUGUGCCUAAAAAUGUUUUCAAUAAACCAUUUUCUUUGUAUGUGUUUUGAGAUGGUGAUCAUCAUCCUCAGUGCUGAUUUUAAAUCAAAGUACAGUUCUUCACUUAUUAUAUAUUUCUGUCCCUCUUGAACAUGUUUGUCAAAGUUCUGAUAAAUAAAUAUAUCUACAGUCCA